AGGCUUGAAAUCGUUUGUUCCUAAUAAACCUCGCCAAAAUAUACUUUCCUACACCACUGAGUAGCAAACCUCCUUUUGAACUCCUGGUCUGUUAUCUCCAGAUAAAUUUAAUGUAUCUCAAGCUUUUGGACUGGUGUUUGGCUGCCCUCGCAGUCUUUCUCAUCAAGCAACUAUUCAGCCUGAAGCCUUCUAAGCCACUACCGCCAGGCCCUAGACCACUCCCCAUCGUAGGGAACAUCUUCAACGUGCCUAUUGAUAAAUCGUGGUUUGCAUUUUCAGAUUGGCAAAAGAAAUAUGGAGACCUUUUGUCCUUCCACAUCUUAGGACGCAGGUUCAUUGUCAUCAACUCUGCAGAAUUAGCGAUCGAUAUUUUGGACAAGAAGGGUGCUAUAUACUCUGACAGACCUCGACUCACCAUGGCUGGCGACCUUGCUGGAUGGAAGGAUACACUCAUUUUACUAGGAUAUGGUGAAACCUUGCGCAAAUAUAGACGAUAUUUUCAUCGCCUAAUCGGAAGUCGUGCGCUAAUGCAAAAUUUCCAUCCCGUGGAGGAGCGUCUGACAUAUCGCUUCUUACAAGAUAUUUUGAAGAAUCCCAACGAUCUGAGCACGCACAUUCGCAAGACAGCAGAUUCAAUAAUUUUAAGCAUAUCAUACGGUUAUGACGUGCAGGGUGACCAUGACCCCUGGGUUAAAAUGGCCGACAAUCUACUCUCUCAAUUCUCGGAAAUGACCGUCGCUGGUGCCUAUCUAGUUGACUUCUUACCGUUCUUGAAACAUGUCCCGGAAUGGGUUCCAGGCGCCAGCUUCCAGAAGACCGCCAAAGAGUACAAAGCAACGUUGUAUCAAGCCGUCGACGGACUUCAUCAGUUUGUGAAGGACCAGAUGGCUGCCGGCAUUGCUCCCUUCUCAUUCGUUUCUAGUUUACUUGGAGAAGCAAAUUUGUCUGGUAAUGACGAGCACGCUAUUAAGUGGUCUGCCGCUGCGAUGUAUAGCGCUGGCGCAGAAACGACUGUCUCCGCGCUAUACUCAUUCUUCCUCGCUAUGACGCUACACCCUGAAACUCAAAAGGCGGCUCAAGCCGAAAUCGAUGCUGUUAUCGGCAGUGAUAGGUUACCCACUUUGGCUGAUCGCGCUGCUCUUCCAUAUGUCGAAGCCUUGUCGAAGGAAGUCAUGCGUUGGCACACUGUGGCACCUCUAUCCAUCCCUCACGCGUCUACGAAGGACGACAUUCAUAAUGGGUAUCUCAUUCCAAAAGGGUCUUACGUCCUUGUCAACAUUUGGGGAAUACUUCACAAUAAACAAAACUACAGUGAACCUGAUCUCUUCAAACCAGAGAGGUUCUUGGGGGAUCACCCUGAGCUUGAUCCUCGGACUGUUGCCUUUGGAUAUGGCAGACGGAUCUGUCCAGGCAUGCACCUCGCAGAUGCAUCGAUCUUUAUCACGUGUGUAACGACUCUUGCAGUUUUCAACGUCACGAAAUCGGUUGAGAACGGAGUAGAGAUCGUCCCCACCCUUGAAGGCCUUGCAGGCGCCAUAUCGCACCCAGCUCCGUUCAAAUGCUCAAUCACACCUCGUUCUCCAGAGGCUGAAGCUCUAAUUCAUGAAAUACCUGCACAUUAACCUGACGUUGAUUCAAAGUUCUCCAGUGAGGUCUUCUAGUUUUGUUGUAAGACUGAUGCUAAAGUUCAUUCAUAUUCAUGUAUUCGUACGAUGCUGAUUUUGCACAAACAUUUAUUUUGUCGACAUCUUUUAUACAGCCUCGUCAGUUAUUAGGCGUAAAUUUCAUGACUCGUUAUCAUCUGCUCGAGACUGGCCGAACUCAGUUCUGGAAAGCGUGGCUCAACAGAGCACUUGAACACUGGGUGACUACCGCAUGAUAGUAAAAAAAAGGAUAGCCAGCGAAGCUGCACAACACUCACGCGGUCAACCCAGUGACCCAUUGUGGGUUCACUUUUAUAUCUUUUCCGUCUUCAUCUUUGAGGUUCUUAAACCUAAAUAUGGACAACAUGGACACCAUUCCUGCCCAGAUUGAUGCGUCGGCGACGUGACGGCCUACACAGAUGCGCCUUCCAAAGCCAAAUGCAUAACUAACACUGUCCUCUACGAAUUUGCCAUCUGGGGUGAUAAAUCUUUCCGGCUUGAAUUCCGAUGCAUUUGGGUACUUCUCUUCGUUCUGCGACAUUGCCCUAUGGCGCAAAACUACGUUAGCUUACCUGAUGAUGGUGCAUGGAGUGAAAGACGGCUUGGAUAAGAUGAAAUACUGCAUAACUUACGUGU